GGCGCGGUGGGCGCGAGCUCCCGGAUGGUUCGGGGCAGCGCCGCGGUGGGAGCUGAGCAUUGAUCCGCGGAAUAAAACAAUAGCGCUUAAAUAGCCAGAUAGUAACCCAGCCCUGCCGCCCGAGGAUGAGCGCGGAGCCGGAGGAAGUUCAGGCAGAAGACGGCAAAGCGGAGCCGGAGAAAAAACUCUUCUACUGCGAUGUUUGUAAAAUUUACUGUAUGUGUGCUCUCAGUCUUCAGUCACACUACCGUGGUGCAAAGCAUAGGAAGCAAGAGAAAGCCCUGAGACGCAGGAAUGUCUAUUGUUCUUCAGCUCUAAUCCAAGUUCCGAUGAAGUACCGAGUGCUCAGACGAGUGAAGAGAUCAUUCACAGGGUACAUGACCUGUCUGAAGGAUUUUAUGAAUGAUCCCAGAAGAGAAGAGCCUCUAAUUGGUUUAGAGCAUGUGGUCGAAGUCAGAUUUGAAGGGAAAAGAGAGCCACGUUAUGAGUGCAGGCUGUGUGGGUGUAAUUCAGAGGUGGCACCUAUGAUAGAGCAUCUUAGUGGAUAUAAACACAGAAGAGAAUACAUUUCUAAAGAAUUUCCAGAUAAAAUGAGGAGAAGACCAACAGAUGCAAAAGAAUGCAAAGUCUCGUUUUUCAGACGGAUAGCAGGAGAGCUAGAGAAGAGUGAAGGAUUAAAAAUGUAUAAGAGGGAAGGUUACAUAAGACCAGCUACCUCAUCUGCAUUGAAGAAGAAAACAAGGUGGGAAGAUAAGCAUGAGAAUGAUCCUGUUCGGAAACAAAAAGCUCUGGAGUUCUUGGAGACUUUUCACAUCACCUCAGACUCAGAAGCAACACUUGUUGUUCGCAUUACACAGGAACUCAUGGAGGCUUUGAAGGCUUUUUGUGAAAAGAAAGCAGCAGGUAAUUACACCAACAGUUUAGGCCCCCUGAUGUCAGUACCGCAAGAUGAAUUUCCAGAAGGGAAAAGCAUCCCAGAACACUAUGGGCCAGAUGUAGAAUACAAAGGAAGUUCUGACUGGAAUCAGGGUUUUUUGUCCCAGUAUGAAGAGUGUUCUGAAGAUGCUUCUUUUGCUCCUGCUCACUCAAACAGUUACCAAGCAGGUGAUGGAUCAUCCUCCUGUCAUCUGACAUCUGACAACUUUGCAAGUAUGUCUCUGCUCGGGGAUUCUCCUGCUGCUGAGCCUGACACUCCUGCCAGUGGUGUCAGCGAAUGGCUGAGACAGCUCAGAAACUCCAUGCCCUGCACAGAUUUGGCUGCUGUGCCCUCUCCAUACCAGACCAGCCCAGUGAAGGAGUACUCAGCAGAAUACAUAUCCAGUGAUGUGCAAGGAAGUGAGCUCUGUGAUAACAGACUCUCAUUUGGCAGAGAAAAUACAAAAUGGAGGAAUCAACAAGUGUGUACCAAAGCAAGGCAUAUAAGUGACCAAGAAUUAUCCUAUCCCAAUUCUUCUGCCUCAUAUACUUCAUCUGGAAGAUACUUUACAAACUAUGCUUCACAAAACUAUUCCUCUUACAAGACCUAUGAGUCCACAAAUACUUGUACAUCUUCUGCAAAUUCUGUUGUUUCAGGAAGAGAUGGCUCCAGGUGGCACCAGGACACUAGGUGGAAUGAGCACUAUAGGUGGAAUGAGGACUCUAGCUGGAAGCAGGAAUCUAGGUGUCAAGGAUUCAGUUAUCAGAAAUCAGGCUAUCAGAGAGACUGGAGUUCACAUCAGGACUCAUUUUCUGGCAGGGGUUCAUACCAAGAUCACCAGCAGUUCAGAAGCUCAGAAGAGAUGUUUAAUGGAGUUGAUGUUGGUCUUGCUCCCAACACUGUGAACAGACUGCUAGGAAAGGAUGUCCCUACAAUGACCAGGAUGCUCAAACAGCUGGCUCCGUAUCAUCCAGCGCUUCAAAAAAUAAAUAUUCAGACAUUCGUCAAUGUGCUAAUAGAAGCUAGAGAGAAGGAUUAAGGAGCAGCAGCUGACUUGGAAACAGACGAAGAGAUUUGAGAAUCUCCAUCCCUUGGCUUUCAGGAAAGAGACUGCAUUUAACUCUUUGUUUGGCUGGUUUGGGAGAGGUAAAGGGAGGGAGAGUUUAAGUUUUUGACAUGUGAAAUAUAGCUGGAACAUGAACUUGCACAUAAUGGGUAAACAUACUAUUUUGUUUAGGCUUUUUGUAAUGUAUUUGUUAUAUCUUAGUAUAUUUCAGAAAAAAGAUCUUUUGUUAUUUUUUGAAAAUAUGUUAAAAUUACUCUGUCAGCAAAAAGUUAACAAUCCUUUUAAUACCUUUCUCAAUUCAGAAAAGAAAGAAAGGUUUACUUUUAUGCUUCUACUUAGGAAGAAUAUUAAUUGAAAAUACAGGUUUACUUUCUUUCACACAAAUGUAAGGCCAGUUUCAUUAAUUUGAGGCUUUAUAAUUAGGAUAUUUUUAGAAAUUGAUAUACUACAUUUCUGUUUAGAGAAAGAAAGGAGAAUGUUACAGCAAAGAUAUUCUCCAUCUUAAUGUGAUGCUAUAUGAGGAAAACGUAAUCUGUGCUAGAGGACUGGUAUGUAACGGGGCAUAUCAGUUUCAAUUUGCAGAGUAAGAAAUGGUGUGAAAUAUAUGCAAAUUUUUACAUCAUGUUGUUCGAAAUGAAAUAAUUAUGAAUUAUCCUAAAAACUCAUUUGGUGAAUGGACCCAUGCUAAAAUAAAAAUUUUUGAUUCUUUCUAUUGGCAAAAGCAUAUUAAGAAAUAGUAGAACCCAUAACGCAAUCAGAUAAAAUAACAGGAAAAAAUAAAAUUGUUGUACUAACUGAGAGUACUUACCAGUUCAUGCAGUGUAUCAGAGCCACAUGCUCAUGAAUGCCUGGCUUUAGAUAUCUGCUCUAUGUAAUUAAAACCAGCUUACAUGGAGCUGAAGAAAAGAAGUAAAGUGAGACAGUUUACUCCUGAGUGUCUGUUUUCCUUUUCACUGCUGCAUUGUGGACUAUCAUUUUUCUUGUUACCCAUGCUGGAACCGUGUCUCUGUGCAUUAAAUACUUGUGCUGAAGCAGGGUUAGUCUUCAUGAGCUGUCAUAAAACAUUUUGGAUCUUGUUAUGUAAAUUUUAAUAAAAACUCAACUCAAUUUAUUAUUGAGCAUCUAAACUCAA